CGUAAUAAAGAUCCAUCGAGUGCUACAAUUCGCUCAAUCUCCAUGGCUUCACGAUUAUAUUAAACUCAAUACACAAUUUAGAACGUCCGCGAAAAACGAUUUCGAAAAAAAUUUAUAUAAACUAAUGAACAACGCAGUAUUCGGCAAAACUAUGGAGAAUGUGCGCAACCACGUUGAUGUCAAAUUAAUAACAAAAUGGGACGGACGGUACGGCGCGGAGGCAAUGAUCGCGAAACCGAAUUUUCACAGCCGCAGCGUCUUUGCGGAAAAUUUGAUUGCCGUCCAAAUGCGCAAACUCGAGGUGAAAUUCAACAAGCCGAUUUACGUGGGUAUGUGCAUACUUGACAUAUCGAAAGUCUGUUUGUACGAAUUUCAUCACGAGUACAUGUCACCGAUGUAUCGCAACAAAUGCAAGAUCAUGUACACCGACACGGAUAGUCUCAUUUACUAUAUAGAAUGCGACAAUGUUUACAAAACUAUGAAACGCGAUAUCGCUAGAUUCGACACGAGCGAUUAUCCGGCAGACAACGUGUACGAUAUGCCUCUCACGAACAAAAAAGUACUCGGCCUGAUGAAGGAUGAGAACAAUGGUGUAUUAAUGAAUUUGUUGGACUUAGAGCGAUGAUGUACGCGGUGAGAGUGGAUGGCAAGAAGGACAUUAAAAAGGCGAAAGGCGUAAAGAAUAACAUCGUAGCGCGAACGAUAACGUUCGACGAUUACACGCGGUGUUUGAACGAAAAGAUUGAAAUGACUUGCCGUCAAUCGUGUAUACGAUCUAAAUUACACGAGGUGUACACGAUAUCCGAAUCGAAAAUCGCUCUGAGUCCAUAC